CUGGUGAAAUAUGGCAGCGCUCAGCAAGCUCACACCGCAGAGGUCGGCAAUCUUAACCGUAGCCGCUGUAGCUGCUUACUUUCUGUAUAAGAAAAUUGGUUUGAAACGGAAGACCAGAGCUGAAGAACCAGAAAUUAAAGUUGUUAUACAUGAGACUGGUGGUAAGAAAGAAAGAGCUGCAGUAGAUCUGGAUUUCUUCAAGAGACUAUGGUCCUUACUAAAAAUCCUCAUACCUGGAUGGGUAACAAAAGAGGCGUUUUAUAUGACUUUAGUAGCAGCUUCACUUAUAGCCAGAACUUAUGCAGACGUAUGGAUGAUACAGAAUGGUACAUCUAUAGAAAGUGCUAUUAUUGGGAGAGAUAUGUCCUUAUUCAAAGUGCAUCUUUACAAAUUUAUCUACGCAAUGCCAUUGAUAUCAGUUGUAAACAACAUGCUGAAGUAUGGUUUAAAUGAGUUGAAGUUGAGGUUUAGAACCAAUCUGUCUCAACACUUAUAUGAUAAAUACUUAAGGGGGUUCACAUACUAUAAAAUGAGUAAUUUAGAUAACAGAAUAUCUAAUGCUGAUCAGUUACUCACUCAAGAUGUAGAAAAGUUCUGUGAUGCUGUUGGAGAGUUAUACUCUAAUCUGAGUAAGCCGUUACUGGAUGUAGGGUUAUACACAAUUAAGUUAACUGGCAGUAUUGGAGCACAGGGUCCAGCAACUAUGUUAGGAUAUUUAGCAGUUUCGGGACUUAUCUUAACAAGAUUACGGCGACCUAUUGGAAAGUUUACCAUGCAAGAACAAAAGUUAGAGGGAGAAUACAGAUAUGUUAAUACUAGAUUGAUAACUAACAGUGAAGAAAUAGCUUUUUACCAAGGAAACAAAAGAGAACAAACCAUUAUUAUAGCUACAUUUAGAAAAUUGGUACGACAUUUACGGAAUUUUAUAUCAUUUAGGAUGCAGAUGGGAUUUGUAGAUAAUAUUAUAGCAAAAUAUGUAGCAACUGUAUUUGGUUAUUUAGUUGUCAGUAGACCAUUUUUAGAUUUAGCAGAUCCACGCCAUUUAAACAGCACUUCCAGUGAGAGAUUAGAGGAUUAUUAUAAAAGUGGCAGGAUGUUAGUACGAAUGGCGGAGGCUAUAGGUAGAAUUGUAUUAGCUGGCAGAGAUAUGACCAGAUUAGCUGGGUUCACGGCCAGAAUCACACAGUUAAACACAGUUUUAGAUGAUUUAAACAAAGGACAUUAUGAAAGAACCAUGGUUUCUGAUCAGAGUGGACAAAAGAAAAAUAAUAAAGUAUUUAAACCUGGCAGUGGUAAAAUCAUCCCUCAAGAUCACAUAAUAAGAUUUGAGAAAGUACCAUUGGUUACUCCAAAUGGUGAUGUUUUAAUAGAAGAACUGGAUUUUGAGGUAAAAUCUGGUAUGAAUGUAUUGGUAUGCGGACCAAAUGGAUGUGGUAAAAGUUCAUUAUUUAGGACACUUGGUGAGUUAUGGCCAUUAUUUGGUGGCACAAUGACAAAGCCAGAAAAAGGGAAAUUAUUUUAUGUUCCUCAGAGACCGUAUAUGACUGUGGGUACAUUGAGAGAUCAAGUAAUAUAUCCUGAUAGCAGAGACAACCAAUUAAAGAAAGGAAUAAGAGAUGUUCAGUUAGAAGAUAUUCUUAAAAAGGUACAGCUGGAGUACAUCCUGGAAAGAGAAGGGGGCUGGGAUUCUGUUCAAGAUUGGAUGGAUGUGUUGAGUGGUGGAGAGAAACAAAGAGUUGCAAUGGCCAGAUUACUUUACCAUAAGCCACAGUUUGCCAUCCUAGAUGAAUGUACUAGUGCAGUCAGUGUGGAUGUAGAAGGUUUUAUUUAUCAGUAUUGCAGAGAGGUUGGAAUAACAUUGUUUACAGUAUCACACAGAAAAUCAUUAUGGAGACAUCAUGAGUUUUACCUACAGAUGGAUGGGAGAGGAGCGUAUGAGUUCAAACCAAUUACAUCUGAUACCACCGAAUUCGGAUCUUGAUACCUGCUUUAAUGAUAGGCUUUUAAAAUGAAAACAUUGUAUUUUAUUCAUAUUUAUAUACUUUAAGUUGUACAAAUUGUACUGUGAUAGAUAUAAUGUACAUUAGUCCAUUACUUGUUCACGUUGUACUGUGAUGUUUAUAGUGUACACAAAGGUGGAGGAAGGUUAUCAACAUACACGUUUGCAUUGGGUACAGUCGUCUGGUUAAGGUUUCAUAGGAAAAUCACAACCCAAUUAUAUAUAUAUACAAGCUAUCAUAAAAUUAUAAAUGGAAAUGGGGAAUGUGUCAAUAUUUAUGUCAAUAUAUCAUGACAUCUUAUUUACUUAUUUAGACAUUAACACCUUUGGAUCACUUAAACUAUUAGACAAGAAGAUCAGAACACAGUUUGGCAGAUAUCUUAACUGAAGAUGACCCAUUGACGUAUAGAUAUCUACCAAUUGAUAUAUUAUCUAUGUGAAAUAGUACCCCAUUGAUAUAUUUAAGAUUCCAAAAUGGUUACCCAUACCACCGGCAUAUCUGUGUUUACCUUUAUAUUGGAAGAGAUUGUCUGUGAGUGUACACAAUGUAAGAUUACUUGUAUAAAUUGUACUGUGAUGUUUAGUGUGCUCAUUGUCCAAUUACUUGUACAAGUUGUACUGUGAUGUAUAUAGUGUACACAUUGUGCCAUUACUUGUACAAAUUGUGAUGUUAUGUAUAUUCUGUACUCAUUAUUUCAUUACAUGUACAAAUUGUACUUGAUGUAUAUAGUGUACACAUUGUGCCAUUACGUGUACAAGUUGUGAUGUGAUGUAUAUAGUGUACACACAGUUCUAAUACUUGUACAAACUCAGAUAUGAUGUAUAUAGUGUACACAUCGUUGCAUAAUUGUACAAUAAUUAUAAUAAUAUAAGUAGGUUUUGCUAUCAAGAUUGAAAUUUUGACAUGAUUAAAGAGCAAAUUGUAGAUAAUUAUAAUGAUAUAGAAUAGAAAAUAAUUAUUUAUAGAUAAAACUUGUGAUGUUGAAGUUUCCUGAUUGAUUCUGGUGUUAGUAGUAGAUAAUUAGCCCUGAGCUGUCUAAUGAUAGAAAAAAAAUGUCAUAAGGAUUUUUCAAUUUCACAUCUGUAUCAACCCAAGACACCAAUAUAAUCACAAGAGCUCUGCUUGAGGGAUUAUAUUGAAUGAGGGUUGAUACGGUGUGAGAUAUUGAAAAAGCCAUGUCAUAUACACUUUAUUAUACUGUGGAUUCAUUUUUAUUUGUUGGAUCCUAAUUUUUGUUGAUUUCAUUGGAACAGAUGAACCAAGAAUAUAAAUUUUCAACUUAUUAUAUAUUUAUAUAGCCUCGUAUGCAGACUUUGGCAAAACCACAAAAUUAAAUAUCCACAAAAAUGUAAGGUUUCCUCAAUCCUCGAAAAUUGGUACCCACGAACAUAAAUGAAUCCACAAUAUACCUAACCUGGGAACAGUAUAUCUAAAUAUAUAUGUUCCUGACUUUACGAAGAUGUUUUUUAUGUGACAUGACAUCAUACAGCGGAUUAGGGGUUUGAUAAAGCCUUUGCAACAGUGACUGUAUGGCAUCGAUGAUGUGACGUCAUACAGAUCAAAGAUGUGAUAAAGCAAUCUCCUCACCUGAUAUAUGUGUGAACUUCUCAUUUUUACAAUCUGCUCACCUGGAAUAUUUGUAAGUUCUCGUAUUUUCAAAUUUGAGAUCAUUUUGUAUCAUUAUUUUAUAAUUUGUAUUGGACACAUUGUAAUAUACAGAGAUUGUUUAAAUAGAAGUAAUCGUUGUAGAUAAUUGAAGUAAAACACAAUUUCGGACUACAUUUGAUAUUUUGAUAGUCACAAACUUUUCCAUUUUGGUAUGUUCCUCAUCUGAAAAUAAUGUAUAAAGUUAAAUAAGCUUAUGAUUUUUAAUAAAAGUUUUAUAUCUGUUUUAA